GCAUUCGUCAUUCUGUGUGCAGUGUUCUUCGGUCGUGGUUGGUCGCGUUUUUGUUAUUGUCCCUCCCCUCUCGAGAGCGGUUUUCCGCCUGCUGUGUGUGGAUUAAAUUAAUGUUUGCUAUUAGUGCGCAAUCAGCGCAGAGUUUUAUAUUGUUUCUCUCUCAUAGUGGAAGCGUGUUCAACGACGGUCCUUGAGAAUCCUUUUUGUACAGCUGUAAUAGAAAAUACGCAGUGUUGUGUUGAUCCGUCCUUCCGGUUGUCUCUCGGUAGUUCCGGAGGUCAUCCUCGUACUUCGUCGCCGUGUGCAAAACUUUCGGUGCAAAGUGCCAUCAGUUGGAACGGUUCGUUUUAUGUCUCAUAUAGCCGUAUAUUGAAGGUGCAGUGGCAGUAGGAUACUGGAUCAGUGUUUAAAUUGCGUGUAGAAGAGUUUGAUAACAGUUCGUUCCGAAUACGAAAAAAGAUUCCCUCGAAAGUGCGGUUUCAAGCGUUUCAAUACACGGGUUGGCAUAACCAUAAAGGUGUGCAAAGUGGUAAAGCAAAUCGCUUGGUCAAGGCGAAAAUCGGAUCGCAUCGUCGAAUAGCCAGCUAUACGGUGUUUGUGUGACGAGAAAUCGAUUUUAGUGGAUAACACCAGAGAGCGCGGAAGCGGCGCGCACAAACGGUUGCAAAAUUUACAAAUUACACAAAUCAUCAUCGUCGGCGAUGGCGGUGGUUCGCAAGAAACAGGAUGAUAAAGUGCUGAAAACCCUCCGGGAGCUGGUCUCCGUCGGAGGCAACAAGGAGUGCUUCGACUGCGGUCAGAAGGGGCCCACCUACAUCAACAUGACCAUCGGUUCCUUCGUGUGUACGACCUGCUCCGGAAUACUACGGGGACUGACUCCACCACAUCGCGUCAAAUCCAUUUCGAUGGCCACAUUCACACAGGAGGAAAUCGACUUUGUGCGGCAGAAUGGCAACGACACAUGCAGCAGGACGUGGCUGGGCCUGUGGGAUCCAAAGCGAGCCAUCAAACAGGAACAUCGAGAUUUUAUGAUCGACAAAUACGAAAGGAAGAGGUAUUACUUGGAACCUGCUAGUCCUCUAAAAUCCCUGCCAUCGAACACCACCAGCUCGACGACAUCGCUGUCUGCAAACAACGGUAUCAGCACCAGUAGUAGUAAUAUUAGCAGUAGGAACGGUGCCGAAAAUCUAGUGCCACUCAAGACUAUCACUCUAACUCCGCCCACGUCUCUACGACUUAGCCGAACAAAUUCAAACUCUAGCAGUGGCCUCAACGGAAACAGCAGUCAGGCGUCAUCAGCCGCCAGUUCCAGUACAAAUCUCAAGUUUCAGCAACAGUUCACCCCAGACGAUAGUAAUUUUUUCAGCGACCCUCCAAAAAUCUUGCCACCUACGCCGCAGAAGCACUCGAGCCAUCAUCAUCAGCGAUUGAAUGGAACCGUGAACGGAAGCGCAUUCGAGCGUAGUCAGAAAAAUGGUUUACUCACCAGUGCCACCAAUGGCCACACUAAUAGCAGUAGCAACAUCAACAGCAACGCCAACAAGUUCACGCCCGACUCGGACUUUGUGGCAGAUUUCAGCAAUGCAAACAUUGUCAGUGUCAACGGUGUGACUACCGCCAGCAAUGGAUUGAAAAAUAGCGGCAAUCACAAGUUAAGCAAUGGUUUCAAUGAAAAUGGAAAUCUUCCCAAUGGGUAUCACACGAAUCAGAACGGAGUAGUCGGCACUGGGCAAACCAACGGUGAAAUGGAAAACUUUGCAGAUUUUGAGCACAAUACGAUUUACAAUGCGGCCGGUAACGUGAGUAGUGGAUCAUUCUUCAGCAAUAGUAAUAGCAUUGAUAGCAGCACUACAAACAGCAGCAGCAGUACAACCAGCGUCAACAGUAUAAAUAACGAUAUAUUCAUCAAUAACUACAGUUUGUUGAACAGUAACAAUAGUGCCAACAAUAACACCAACGUCAUAGGCAACAGUGGGGGUGGAUCUGAUCUCUCGAAUCUAAACGGCAAUCAGUUUAUGGCAUUUGGUGAUUUCCAUCCGACCGCAGGAGGAGGUGGCUCGUUUUGUAGUGGGCCGACUGCCCAACGAACGAACGGUUACAGCUACUUUCAAAACUACCAACCUGGAACAGGUGGUACUGGCAGUAGUAGUCUGAACUUCACCUCCUCUGCUAACAACGCCACCAACAACUGCACUGGUAACGUCCAAUGGAAUCUGUGGCAACAGUUCAAUCAGUGGCCACCCCACGAGCCACAGCCCAUAUUUGGUAGUAUGGGCAGCUUGAGCGGCAAUAGCCAAAGUAAACCAUCAUCAACUAGUUUAAUAAGGUCUCAUCAGCACCAACCACAACAUCAACAGAACCAUCAGCAGCAGCAGCAUCACAGCUCGAAUCAGAAUCGAUGGAGUCUUCCGAUAUCCGGUAAUGCGAAAUCCUCCACAGCACAAAGCUCAGCAACGCCGUCCGUAGAUAGAUACGCAGCCCUCAAGGAUUUGGAUGACCAGUUUCGGGAAAUUAAGUUCGAGAAUGAAACAAACAAUAACAACACCAACGGCACAUCCAGCAGUACGAGUAGUGGGCUAAUUAAUGGCAACCAUGUUAACGAUGUUCAUCAGACAUCCACAGCAAAUCCCUUCAAGACAGCAAAUCCGUUCCAACAACAAGCACAGCAGACGCAAACGCUGAGCUGGACCAUACCGGGAACGACGCCACCAACGACAGGGACAUCAAGCAAUGGUUUCUACGCAACGUCACCGUACCAGAACGGAUUCGUGCAUCCGCAUCUGCAGAAUGGAAAUGUGACGAACGGGGUCGGGUUCACCAAUGCCUUCCAUCAUCCGUCCGCCGCUGUCCCGACGGUUGUGCCACAAUUCAACGGCACUGCGACGAAUCAUUUCGGGCACUUUGGUAAUCCGUUCAUGACUGGUGCCACAACCGUAACGUCCAAAUCCAACAACCCUUUCUUAUGAGUGCACUCGUAGGACAUGCGAUGCAAUGCCAGCGGCGGCCAAAAUCCCCCACAUAUAGCCUAUCCCUGUACCGUAAGUGGUAGACGGAUGUGCAUUCAAGAUUUUACAAUGGGAUCUUAGACAGAGAUGAUGUACAGAAUAGCCAGCCGAAGCUGUCGCAAACUACAUUUAUACACUGGCAAGCCGACAGGCAUGAUUUCAUUAGAGCAACAAAUAACACAGGAGUGAUACAUUGUUUUUUUUACUGAGAGGGAGGUAAAAUCGAAUUGGCAGUGCGUAAAUUCGAAGGAGCUGUACAUCUGUAAAUUUAUGAUUCUGUUUUAGGAGCGUGAUUUUGGAGAAAGAGCGUGAGGUUUUAGAAAGUGAUAUCGACAUGAAUGAGACUGCGUGAUGAUUGCCAGUUGAGGGACGAAGAAAGAACAGUGUGCGUAUUUGCCAAUGUGCCGAAUAAUGCAGUGAUAAAUUCCAUUACACAAAUUGACUGUAUGGGGGUGAAUAUGAACAUUUUUUAUCUGUGUUUCAUUGUUUCUACUUAUUCUUUUUUUAUAAUAAGCAAAUGUAGAGGUUUCGUUUUAAAGAAAACAGGUUGACUGCUGGAUCGGAAGGAAAGUGCUGACUUAUUAACUUUUUUAUACGUUUUUUGUGCAGUGAUAGAAGACAUAUAUUACUUUUUUAUUUGUAUCCCGAUCAGCUGCGAGAGUGAAAGAGUGAAAAAAAAAUAAGUCGUUAGUAAUCCUAACACGAAAUAUCUGUAUCGCAGACUCAUUAAGUUAAAUUUUCUGUAGCGCAGGCUUUUUACAACAUUUAUAAUCCGACUGCAUAUUAUUACUUAUUAAUAAAAUAUCAAUGCCCAUGUUGAUUUCUAAUUCUAAUAAAGCGAUAAUCUAGAAUUUUUUCAUUAUAUGUAUUUGAAAUUGUGAUUCCAAUCCUGUAGUUUACUCUUUUUAAAAGUAGUUUGAUUCUGUUUGAUCUAUUUACUAUGGAUCAAACUUACUAUGGAUCAGUUUGAGAUAUUGACGAUACCUAAAACAAUAUUUAAGAUAGUCAGUAGCCUUCAAAACACGUCAAUCAAGAUUUUUUUCCCAAUUUAAGUAGUGUGAUACAUCAUAGAUGAAUCUUUUAUUAUCAAAAAACUCCCGGACUUCGAUAAAAUUUUCAGGGAUUUCACAAAGAAUCCAUAAGAUCCGCUAAAAAGUUUUCAGAUUUCCCUAGGACUUUAGAGAUUCCGCUCAGAUUCCUGAAGAUUUCUGUGGAAAUCUAUGUGCUCUUCAUCCGACAUACAAAUUAUAUUAACCCAAAUUAAAAAACUAUCAAACUGGUAUAAAACCACGAACGACGUGUACGUGAUUAACUCAAAAAUUUACUUAGUUAAAGGCUAAUGAAAGUGUUCAAACUUGGUGAUAAUGAUUCAUAAUGCGAUCGAAUCAUCAUUCGGAAAAAAAGGAAAGGAGCUCUCUUUCGAGGUAUUUCAUAAGGACGGUCGCUUGAAAAUCUUAAGUGACGCAUCCUUAGUAUCAAAUUCUAAAUUUUUACUUUUGACGCUACACACAAAAUUGAUCAAAAAUACUAUUAAACCAAAUCUGUAAGCACUUAGAUAGUAGCUUCGAUUUCCGAAUAGAUCGAGCUAUUGACUGACUUGAAAUGACAAUGACACAUUGUUUCGAAAUUAUAUCAUGUGACCAGUUUUCUUCUGAAUGGGAAACUUUGCAAUCACUAGGAUUAUCAUACGCCAGAGAAUAUGUUGUUUUCGGUUGUGAAACUUUUCCUCCUUUUCCCAGAAUCAAUUUCUUCAAAAUGUAAAUGACUUUGAUGUAAAGGGUAAAGUAUCACAAUCACUUAUUUCAUUCUGGUUCUAUUCUGCAAAUCGGAUGAGACGGAACAAGUUUAUCUAAUCGCAACGGAAUCGAAAUGAUCAUGAUGAGAAACGUCGUUUCAGCAGAAUCAUCAUUACUCCGAUUCGCAGAAUAGACCCAAGCGUGUUGAUGGCACCUUUUCUUUUCCAUCGUAGCUCAAUCGUCGUUUGCUGGAACAAAUAGAAUUUAGUUUGAGCUAAAUCACACGAAUCAUAGGGGUCAAGCUACUUAGUUCUUUGAGGGUCGUUCUGGUGAAAUACCAAGGGUGAGUAAAAGGUGUUGGAAAAUAGAUAACAUGGAGGUGGGUAAAUAGGAGAACCGCGAUAAAUUAGCAAGACAGAAAAAAUCUGAAAUUAGCCAAAAUAUAGGCCCAUGCGGUCAUGUAAAACCCUGUCAUGUCUAAACUAUCUUGAAUUUUUGAUCCCUUGUCAGCUUCAUUCAGUAUCAAGCAGUCAGCCUGGCCAGUUGUAAAUAGAUCUACAACUAAUUAUUUACCCUUAAUUUUCUCCUAAUCAAUCAAAAAAGAUUUUUAAACCAAAUAUAGAGAAAUGAAAAAAGUAUUGAGGAAACGUCGCCAUAAUCAACAACACUUAAUCAACUCGAACAUUUACAAUAAAUCAAGGGGUUGUGUAGAUGAAGCACUUACUCAACAUACAAACACAUAAAAUCAUACAUAACUAGCAGUCUAUACACCCAAUUCCUUGUUCAGUGAUAAAAUCGUGACCGUAUGAUAUAAGUCGUUCAAACAAUUAGUCAUACACACAACGUUUCGAAAAUAAAACUCGAAUUCUGCACGCCGUUUUACUAAUACCUACAUUUUAACAAGAUUAGAAAGAUUCUGUCCAUUACGAACAAAACUUAGAAAAGCCCGAAAAGUUAUCGUUCAAUCACGUGAUAUGUCAACUGAAAUAAAAACUAUGCUCAAAUACAAGAAAAUUUACACAAACAUGAAAGAUAACGGUAAAGUUCCGACUCACGUCGGAUUCUCAAACUGAAAAAACUCUACAAAGCUUAAAAGUUGUAAAAACGUAUUUAAAUUUCAAAGAUAAAAAAUGCUUGUGUGGCCUUACAUAACCGAAGAGUUUUAACACAAAUGUUUCGCAGUGGUAGUCAAGAGUGCAAAUCUAACUUUAACAAAGGUAUAAUAAAGUAAUAUUUCAGUUCAGUUUCCUCUGACAUGCUAGCAACUUAUUUUCUCAGAUAAACAUUAUCAAAACGUUGAUAGACAUUCGAGAGUUUAAACCCGAUCCUUUCCUAUUGUUAAAACGUCCCCACAAUAAUGUUUCACGACUGGCAUAGCCAUAUCUAUCGGGCACAUACAGUGAGCUUUCAAGGAUGCGCCUUUGAUUGAUGCUUUUGCUGAUUGUUUUAGUGCGAUAAAUUUUUGAAGCAUUUUUGACCUACUCGGAAAUAAAGCUUAAAGCGAACAACUAUUGAUCAAAUUUGUCGUAGAUUUCUUAUCUACGCGUAGGACGUAGUUUACCAUUCUGUAGCUUAAACAAAUUCCUUAGCUAGCUUAGUCUAGCUCUUAUUAACAAAAAAACGACGAAACAUAGAAUGAAUUUUAAGUAUAUUUUAAUUCGUAUGUUAACUCGGAAUCAAUCAAAUGACACAGAAGAUGUUUUCUUAACGUUGCUCUCGCUUUUCCUCGUUUUUUUUUUUCUAAUGAAAUGCUAAGAGUCAUUUACAAAGUAGAAAAUAGGUCAUGAUGGGAGAACACAAACGUUAAGUAACAAUAUUAGAGUUAAUCUGUUCCACACAAACAUGAAAUCCUAUACCUAAAUAACACGACUAACUCAGAAAUUCCGGUUAUUCGCGAGAUUAGAGCAUGGUUUGAACAGUUUUAAAUGUUAUUACUCCGCAAAAAAAAAUGUUAGUAGUAUUCAUAGUGAAGGGGAAGAACAAAUUACUAUCUACAGUUAAACACAUAUGUAAAAAUGUUUAAAUAACAAAGAUAAUGAACAAUGUUUCAAAUGCCGUAAAUGAAUAAAAAGUUAAUAUUUAAUAUUUAUAA